UCUCGCAGAGCACUGUGGGAUUUGUGUCUGUCUACAGCCAUGGCGGACGCAUUUGGUGAUGAUUUGUUUAGCGUUUUUGAUGAAGAGCAGUCUGGUUCCGGUAAAAAAGCCACUCCAAAGUCGGGAACUCAGUCGGGGAAGACACCUGAUAAAUCUGGUAAAAAGCAGACGGGUUCACCAGCUGCAGCUGUCCGCAAAAGAGAUGUUGACAAUGAUGGUCCAGAUGAGAUGGUGCUCGGGAAAAGACAAAAGCUGGAAACUGUGUCAUUUGAGGAGAUCAAUCUGGCAGAGCUCAUGCCUAAAGUGAAGGUGGAGCAGGUGGAGACAGUGGAGGGAUGCACACAUGAGGUGGCUUUACCUGCUGAUGAAGAAUACACACAGCUGAAACCACGGGUUGGAAAAGCAGCUAAGGAGUAUCCGUUCAUACUCGACCCCUUCCAGCGUGAGGCCCUUCUCUGCAUGGACAACAACCAGUCUGUGCUUGUGUCGGCCCAUACGUCUGCCGGAAAGACCGUGUGUGCAGAGUAUGCCAUCGCUCUGGCGCUUCGAGAAAAACAACGAGUGAUUUUCACCAGUCCCAUCAAAGCUUUGAGCAACCAGAAAUACAGAGAGAUGUACGAGGAGUUCCAGGAUGUAGGUCUGCUGACCGGUGAUGUCACCAUUAACCCCACGGCUUCUUGUCUGGUCAUGACUACUGAGAUUUUAAGGAGCAUGCUCUACAGAGGAUCAGAGGUGAUGAGAGAGGUUGCGUGGGUGAUCUUUGAUGAGAUCCAUUACAUGAGAGACGCAGAGCGUGGAGUGGUCUGGGAGGAAACCAUCAUCUUGCUGCCAGACAAUGUGCACUACGUCUUUCUGUCUGCCACCAUUCCCAACGCUCGACAGUUUGCAGAGUGGAUCUGUCAUCUUCACAAACAACCCUGUCACGUGGUGUACACAGACUACCGCCCCACUCCACUGCAGCACUACAUCUUUCCAGCAGGGGGCGAUGGACUACAUCUUGUCGUGGAUGAAAAUGGGGAGUUUAGAGAAGACAACUUUAACACAGCCAUGCAAGUCCUGAGGGACGCGGGCGACACAGGAGGUAGCAGUGGGGGGAAAUGGGACCCCAAAGGCAGAAAAGGUGGAACAAAAGGUCCAUCCAAUGUCUUCAAGAUUGUAAAGAUGAUCAUGGAGAGAAACUUCCAGCCGGUGAUCAUCUUCAGCUUCAGUAAGAAGGAGUGUGAGGCUUACGCCCUGCAAGUGGCCAAACUGGAUUUUAACACAGAUGAUGAGAAAAAGCUGGUGGAGGAAGUUUUCAACAAUGCCAUAGACUGCCUCUCCGAUGAAGACAAGAAGCUGCCUCAGGUUGAACAUGUUUUGCCGUUGCUGAAGAGGGGAAUCGGAAUUCACCAUGGAGGUCUGCUUCCCAUCCUGAAGGAAACUAUUGAGAUCCUCUUCUCCGAGGGUCUACUGAAGGCAUUGUUUGCUACAGAAACAUUCGCCAUGGGGAUCAACAUGCCUGCCCGAACCGUUCUAUUCACCAGCGCACGUAAAUUUGACGGCAAAGACUUCCGCUGGAUCACUUCUGGAGAAUACAUCCAGAUGUCAGGUCGUGCUGGAAGAAGAGGAAUGGACGAAAGGGGAAUCGUCAUAUUCAUGGUGGAUGAGAAAAUGAGCCCCGCUGUUGGCAAACAGUUACUAAAGGGUUCGGCUGAUCCUCUGAACAGUGCUUUUCAUCUCACCUACAACAUGGUGCUGAAUCUUCUGCGUGUGGAGGAGAUCAAUCCAGAGUACAUGCUGGAGAAAUCCUUCUACCAGUUUCAGCAUUACAGAGCUGUGCCUGGGGUUCUGGAAAAGAUGAAAAAGUUGGAGGAGGAGUACAAUGGCAUACAAAUCCCUAAUGAAGAGAGCGUGGUGACCUACUACAAAAUCCGCCAGCAGCUGGCCAAACUGGGCAAAGAGAUCGAGGAGUUUAUUCAUAAGCCUAAAUACUGCCUGCCCUUCCUGCAACCUGGCAGACUGGUCAAGGUGAAAAAAGAAGAUUUGGAUUUUGGUUGGGGUGUAGUCGUCAAUUUCUCAAAGAAGACCAAUGUUAAGGCUACCCCUGGUGAUGUUGACCCGUUGUAUGUUGUUGAGGUUCUUGUCCACUGCAGCAAGGACAGCGUGAAGAACGCGGCCACCGAGGCGGCCAAACCAGCAGCCCAUGGAGAAAAGGGCGAGAUGCAGGUCGUUCCUGUGAUGCUGCAUCUCGUCACCUCCAUCAGCUCAGUCCGUCUCUACAUACCCAAAGACCUGAGACCCUAUGACAACAGACAGAGCAUGCUCAAAUGCAUACAGGAGGUGCAGAAACGUUUUCCAGACGGCGUCCCUCUGCUCGAUCCAAUAGACGACAUGGGUAUCAAGGAUCCAGGGCUAAAGAAGGUCAUCCAGAAAGUUGAAGCGUUCGAGCACAGGAUGUACACACACCCCCUUCACAGUGACCCUAACCUGGAGGCCAUCUACAGCCUCUGUGAGAAGAAAGCCCUGAUUGCGGGUGACAUCAAAACGGCGAAGCGUGAGCUAAAGAAAGCUCGUACAGUACUCCAGAUGGAUGAGCUGAAGUGCAGGAAGCGUGUGCUGAGACGUCUGGGAUUUGCCACUUCCUCCGAUGUCAUUGAGAUGAAAGGGCGCGUGGCGUGCGAAAUCAGCAGUGCGGAUGAGCUGCUCUUAACAGAGAUGAUAUUUAACGGCCUCUUCAACGACCUGACGGCAGAGCAGGCCACCGCUCUUCUCAGCUGCUUCGUCUUCCAGGAAAACGCCAACGAGAUGCCCAAACUAACAGAGCAGCUGGCUGCACCUCUGCGUCAGAUGCAGGAAUGCGCAAAACGUAUCGCUAAGGUAUCAGCAGAAGCCAAGCUGGACAUAGAUGAAGACGAUUAUCUGAAGCAGUUUCGUCCACACCUGAUGGAUGUAGUCUACACCUGGGCCAACGGCUCCUCCUUCUCUCAAAUAUGCAAGAUGACGGAUGUGUUUGAAGGAAGUAUAAUCCGCUGCAUGCGCAGAUUGGAAGAGCUCUUAAGGCAGAUGUGCCAGGCGGCAAAGGCCAUUGGAAACACAGAACUGGAGAACAAAUUUGCAAUGGGUAUCACGAAGAUUAAGAGGGAUAUUGUGUUUGCUGCUAGUCUCUACCUGUGAUCACCGUUCUUUAUUAUUAUUUUUUGAAUGAAGACAUUGAAAGACAGAUUUAACCUAGCCCAUGAUUAUUGUUUUAUUUGAGUUCACGUCAAGCAUAAUAGGUUCUCGUUUUCUUCAUAAAGCGCAACAUGUCUUGUACAUACAUUUUAUCGUUUUAAUAAAAAAGUCUGUAUAGUGA